GUUGAUAUAUAUUCCUAGACAUAGUAUAUACAAUAAGCUUUCAUAUGAUAUGUAACAAGUAUAUAUACCAUCGAUUACAUAGGUACAGGAAGGAAUGUAUUAUGUUGUAUAUGUUAGUUGGUUCAGCACCAAGGACAAUAUCCAUCAUAAACUUACCUGUAAUGAUACCUGAGUGCUGUAUUUUUACAUGUAUGUAGUUCUAAUAGUGUCAGGACAUGUUAGGAUCUGUUAAGUCAAGGCCCAAGUCAUUCUUUGGUUGCUUAUUGCUGAUUGUAUGGAAACAAUAUGGAAAUUGUACCUUUUAUUGCUUUUUACCUGUUUAUUACCCUUAUGGUCUAUGUUAUCAAGUUGACACACAUUCCCGACUCUACUAUAAGCUUCCAUAUGGUAUGUAACAACUCUAUGUACCAUUUUUAUAAAGGUACAGAAAGAAGUGUAAUAUGUUGUAAUGAAUCUGUGUCUUAGCUGAAUAGUCAGUUCAGCACCUAGGACAAUAUCCAUCAUAAACUUACCUGUAAUGAUACCUGAGUGCUGUAUUUUACAUGUAUGUAGUUCUAAUAGUGUCAGGACAUGUUAGGAUCUGUUAAGUCAAGGCCCAAGUCACUCUGUGGUUGCUUAUUGUUGAUUGUAUAGAAGCAAGGUGGAAAUUGUACAUUUUAUUGCCUCUUUACCCGUUUAUGACCCUUGUAGUUUAUGUUAUCAAGUUAAUAUACAUUUCUAGUUAUAGUAUCUACUAUAUGCUUUCAUAUGGUAUGUAACAAGUCUAUGUACCAUCUUUUAUAAGGGUACAGAAAGAAGUGAAAUAUGUUGUAAUAGAUCAGUAUUUUAGCUGAAUAGUCAGUUCAGCACCUAGAACAAUAUCUGAUCAUAAACUUACCUGUAAUGAUACCUGAGUGCUGUAUUUUCACGUGUAUGUGAUUCUCAUAGUGUCAGGACAUGUCAGCAAUGUUAUAGGUUUCAUACUUAUACUUUUUAUAUAGUUUAGGCAUUAUAAUACAAAAAAAACUAUGAAAACAGCUAUUUUAUUGCAUUAUUGCCCUUGUAAUACAUUACUAUUGAUGCCAGGCUACAUUUGAAAUAUUUUUCUGUAAAGUACACAUUCUUAGCUUUCCAAUGAUAUCUGGCAUGAUAUGGUAAGUUGAGGAGAAAAUGACAAAAAGACAGUAAUACAAAGGUAGUACCCCCUAUUUCAAAUGGGUCUGGAAACCCUGGCACAGAGGGGAUGUAUUGGUGAGAAACACUGGCAGCUAAAGGGUUAAGAUGAAAGUACAGUACAGACAACUUCCUUACUCGUUUGUUCCCAGGUGCCUUAUAACUUUGAGAGAAUCCUGCACCUGUUCUCAGGCCAGGACUCUGCCCUGGUGGCCAGACUCAUGAGGGAGUUUGAGGCUACAGGAAAGACUGUCAUCCCUGGCAAUCUACUUCACAAGCUGCAGGCAGUGCUGAGAUCCUAUAGUGUGACAGAAGCUGACACCUUCCAGGCCAUGAGGACAUGUUGGAAGGAGAACCAGUAUCUGUUAUGUCCUCACACUGCUGUUGCUGCUUUCUACCACAUGGCACAAGAGAGCACCAGUUCCAGUUUGAGAGUGUGUGUGGCCACGGCAGCAGCAGCUAAGUUCCCCGAGGCUGUGGAGAAGGCCGGCCUGCUGCCCCAGCCCACCCCAGAACUGCAGGCCCUGGACUCCAUGCCCACCAGGUACCAGGACAUGAAACAGGGACAGGACUCAGGCCAUGCUCAGGACCAAAAUACAAACUCUGCACUCCAAGUAGACAUUGAACACUUGUAGUGCAGAGCUUGUCUUUGACAUCUGCCUGAGGUUUCUGCAAAUAGAGACUUACCAUGAUCAUAACACUUACUUCUCAUCUUCACGGUAGUAAAAUGUCACGGUCUGAGGAAAACGCAUGUCCAAGGAACUUCAUUUUCACGAUCGCGGCAUGUGCAUAGAGGGGCGCUAAAGGCAAAUGAUUUAAUAACGUUAAUGGUACAGAAGUGACCAUGAAAACCAUGAAUAUAAAAGUACCAUGAAAAUAUCAGGAUUUACUGUUACAGUAAUUUCAUCAGUUUGGGAACAGACUGUUGAAGAAAGUCAUUUAUGCGACAACCAUUUGGUUUGUCAGAUGUAAGAACCCACUGGUUGUUGACUUAAGAACCUUCUCAUACCCUUUUUAUACCCAAAAUGGUUUCAAAGCUAUAUUUUAGUGCCAUAUAAAUAGCAAUCAUUGAUUGUCAAACUCAAGGUACAUUACCUAUUAUUUAUUUAUGAUUCAUGAAUACCAAAUGUUUAAUGCCAAAGAUUUAAAAUCCAAAGCCAGUGUUUCAUAACACCUUAAUGGCAAACUUCUUGAUAAGUUAUGUACAGAGAUUUUAAAUGAAUUAUCUGUAAUUUUUACAUUCUACUGUUAUCAUGUGAGGUCUUUUUUUAACGAGUUUGACAGGACAAUGAAACAGUUUUAAUUACUUAGUGAUGAAAGAAAAUGCACAAAACAGAGAAAAGGUUACAAUACAGUCAC